AUGGAUGAAAAAAAGGAAUUAAUCUUGGUGCCAUGCCAUUCAAUAUGGAAAUCUUCAAUACAGCCCAGUGAUGGGAGAGUUAAUUUCGGUCAAUCCCCUGAGUACUGGCAUUUAGCGGCUUUCCAAUACGAAGGCAAUGAUCACUUAGCGUUCAUCAAGCACGGAUUGGCAGCCCUCAAACUAUUACUCAAAAAAAGGCAUCGUGCAACUGUUAUAUUCAGUGGGUCCCAAACUAAAAAGGAAGCUGGUGUUUUAUCUGAAGCACAGAGCUACUACUUUUUAUGCGAAAGGCUGAUCAGAAAUGCAAUGCGCAAUGACAAUUUGGAAAUUCCGAACUUUGACGAUGAGCUGCAUACUUUAUUGCAAGAGAUCAAGGAGAUGAUGGUUGGUCAAAACAUAGAUGUUGAUGAUCUAUUUUGUGGUGAUUCAAUUACGACAGAAGAGUUCUCACUAGACUCACUUGAUAAUUUACUAUAUUCAAUAUAUAGAUUUGAAGAAGUCACUGGAAAAUUUCCACAAAGAAUAACUAUAAUUGGGUUUGCAUUUAAAAUGGAAAGAUUUAUCAGCUAUCAUGCCAAGGCCAUUGACUACCCAAAAGCAUGCAUAAAUUACAUUGGAAUUGACCCUAAGCCAACAAACUACAGCCAAACACAACUCUCAAAAUACUAUAAUGAUCUGGCAGAAAUGGAACGAAAAAAUGCUCUAAGCUUAUUUCUCUCAGAUUGGUACGCCACGAAAGAUGCAUUAUUUACCAAAAAGAGGUCUCGUAACCCAUUCAAGAGAACCGCACCAUACGCUCAAAAUAUCCUCUUCAAAAGCGGUACGAGGAUUGAGGAUGACGAGAGGUACUUUGAGAUGAACAUAAAGUGCAAAAUGCCAUGGUCGGCACCAAGGGAAUAG